CCCAGGUCGCUUGGUGUGUGUGUGUGAAGGGUAGGUCAAUCCCCCCUUUCCACUUUCACUUUCACCCCCAAUUCCAAGUUCUCCCCCCGUCCACCUUCGUUUCCAUUCUCGGCACGGUAAGGCGUGUCUGUUUUCUGCUUCCCUCUUCAAACCUCUCCCUUACUGUUGUAGUGUUAUUGUUCUUAUGAUAUUGUCGGCUACUUUGGAGACUCGCGCAUAUUGUCUUCACCCCAUUCUCCUCCCUUUCCCCUUCCCUUCUCUUGCAGUAAACACUCUUUCACGCUGUGCCUUACCCCACGGAAGUACUCUACAUUGGUAACUGAGGAUUAACGAAGCAGCUGCCUUGCACAAGUACCUUGUACAUCUAGAAGGGCGUUAAAUUCAUUUGGGGGCAACGGCAAGCAAAUAGCAAUCGUCUGUUACCCCCCCCCCUCCCUCAAGUGGCCUCUCUACGUUCAAUCCCUUCCCCUCCCCUCACACACACCCCUUCUUGUUCGCUCCCUUUCUUUCUCAUGUCGCCUCCCCCCCCCCUUCGCUCUCUCUCCCUUUUCACCCUUCUUUCCUCCCAUUACCAACUUUAGAUAGCCUGGAGACAGCUUGCUUGCUCGGCUGUGUGUAUCGGUUUCCACGAACGGGCUGCCCUUCUUUCUCACCACUCGCUUUUUAUUCACACGAUCGCUUUCUUCACUCACUGUAUUCACUUCCGCCCUCCAACCUCCCUUUUUCGUCUUGUGCUUCUCUUGGGUGUUUUCUUUUUUUUUCGACCCUUUGCCCUUCCUUUUUUUCUUACUCGCUACCUACCUGCACCUGCUAUUGUACCUCUCCGCUUCACCCCCUCAGCCAUCCGUAUUUCAUACCCGUUUGCUCCCGGGGUCGCUUCGCAUACGCCUUCACGAUUGCUGGGUUCAUUGUUCCAAUUCUAACAAACCGUAUCCCAUCAGGGCUGAGUUCUAUUUAACUUCCGGGGGAUUCUCCCCUCCCGACCAAGCUUUUUCACGUUCACCACAUUCGUUAACUCGCCCGCCAUGAGUCGUUCGUUAUUAUCCCGAUCGUCUAACUCCGUUCUCUCGCUCCUACUGCUUCUCUCGGCCCUCCUUCAUAAUGCCUCCGCCGCCCGCCUAAUCCAAUCGACGUCUCUCAACCCUUGUAUGGAACAGUCUAAAUUUACGGCCUCGCUUUUCAAUGUUUCCUUCACUCCCGAUACCAACACGCUCCAUAUCAGCAUUAACGGUGUUUCGUCUAUCGAUGGUAAUGUCACGGCGACGUUGGUUGUUAUUGCUUAUGGAUACAAUGCUUUGACAAGAGACUUGAAUCCUUGCGAUAUGGGAGAGGGUUUCCAGGGAAUGUGUCCUAUGCAGCAGGGGCUGAUUCAGCUCGAGUCUCAUACGCCCAUCGAACCUCAAGUUGCCUCCCAAAUUCCUGGUAUGGAGCUUCUAUGAUCCGUUGGCGCUGGUGUUCUACAAGAGGUGCUUGCUAACGUUAUAGUAUUAUUUAUUAGCUAUCGCCUAUCAGGUCCCAGAUAUAGAUGGAAAGGCGAGGAUCAUGGUCAACAAGACGGAUACAAAGCAGAUGAUCGCUUGCGUUGAAGCUCCCCUCAGCAAUGGAAAAACUGUCGACACUAAGGGCGUGGGAUGGGCUACGGCUAUCAUCGCCGGCAUGGGCCUCAUCGCUUCUGCCGUCACCUCUGGACUUGGUCACUCCAACACUGCUGCUCAUGUCGCUGCGAAUGCGUUGUCCCUCUUCGGGUAUUUCCAGGCUCAGGCAAUGAUUGGGAUGACUGGGGUAACUCUUCCUCCGAUUGUCGCUGCGUGGACCCAGAAUUUCGACUGGAGUAUGGGUAUAAUUAGGGUCGGUUUUAUGCAAGAGAUCUUCCAUUGGUAUAUUCAAGCCACUGGAGGCAAGCCUUCAAAUAUCUUUGGAUCUCUCUCGGAGGUUUCCGUCCAGAUCAUGAAGAGGGGUUUGCCUGAGCAGACCAGCUCUUUGAUUAGCAGGGCAGCGGCUUAUGGAUUCGAGACUUAUGCUUCGCCGCUUGCUCCCCGGGACCUAGCCGGUGGGCUGGAACCGAGAUCUAACAAUGAUAACGGACUAAACGAGAAUACCGAGACCCUUAAAGUUUGGGGAAUUAAGCGAGUUUCCUUCAAAGCCAAAAUUGAGGCUACCAACUUCUUCAUGACUGGUUUGGCGUUUUUCGUGGCUUUCUUGUUCUUUGUUGCUCUCGGUGUUUGUGCUUUCAAGGCAUUGUGCGAGUUUGCGUCUAAAAUGCAGUGGAUCAAGGGAACCAAAUUCCAGGAUUUCAGGAACGGAUGGAUGACGGUUCUUAAAGGAAUCAUGUAUCGCUUGGUAUGUAUCGUUGUAUACGCCAUUUGGCUUGCUUUCUAACUUUGCUGUAGGUCUUGAUCGGCUACCCUCAAAUGGCUAUUCUUUGUCUUUGGGAGCUUACUGUUAGGGAUUCUGGUGGUGCUAUUACUUUGGCCAUCUUCUUCUUUUUCUCAAUGACUGGUAUUCUCGCCUGGGCAUCUUUCAAGGUUAUUCGUAUCGCUCAACGCUCGGUUACCCUUCACAAGAAUCCGGCCUACAUCCUUUACUCCGACCCGGCAGCUUUAAACAGAUGGGGCUUCCUUUAUGUCCAGUUCCGUGCGACCGCCUAUUAUUAUGUCGUUCCCGUUUUGCUGUACACGCUUGUCAAGGCAAUGUUUAUCGCAUUUGCCCAGAAUAAGGGACUUGUCCAGGCUAUCGCCUUGCUCUUGGUUGAAGUUGGCUACUUGAUUGCUGUGAGCAUUAUGAAGCCAUGGAUGGACAAGCGAACAAACAUCUUCAACAUUUCUAUCUGUGCGAUAAACUUCCUGAAUACCGUCUUUCUCCUUGUUUUCACCGAUGUUUUUGGGGGUCCAGUGAGUAACUUCCUAUUUUUUUAUGCCCCAUUCACGGAUGGACUGACAUUUCACCCAGGGAAUCGUGGUUGGCGUUAUGGGUGUUAUCUUUUUCAUUCUUAAUGCUGCCUUCGCCCUUGUUUUGUUGGUAUUGGUGCUUAUCUCAUCUGUCUAUGCCUUGAUCUCGAAAAACCCGGACGUUCGUUACCAGCCCAUGCGCGACGAUAGAGCAUCAUUCAUCAAGUCCAACUCCCAGAUGGCCACGUCAACUGAGUUGGAUGCCCUUGGUGUCACUGCUCGCGGUGAUGUUAAAGGAUACAAGACUAGGGAUUUGGAGGAUGAUGAUUCAUACACCACUCAUUCCAUGAGCAAAGAAGCUUCUCAGGUUCCUCUGCCGCCAUCGACAGCCGGCUCUCAUGCACCAAGCCAUCGCACCAUGGAUGCACCACAUUCACCAUUGAAUCCAGCGGUACCUUUGUUCCCUGCCACGGGCCAUGAUAACUCUAGGGGACCAUAUAACAGUCAAAUGGCCCAACGCUCGAACCAGUUGCCUUUACUGACGACUUCGGGUGCCCCUCGAUCGCCAAGCCGUAGUGGUGCACCAUCGCCGUCAUCACCGGCGCGGUCGCCGGGAGGAUAUGAUUACAGCCAACCCGUACAACGAUCCAACACUGGUGGAUCAAUGAACUGGCAUACAGGGGCUGGUUAUGACGGUCGUGGUAAUUGAAGUGUAUAUGCGGGGGAUCUUUGUAUACAGCGGUCAAACGGGGCGUACCGCCUGUGUAAUAAACGACUGCGCGGUGUUUUGCUUUUUUUUCUACCUCUUCCCUUUCCUGUGCCAAAGUCUGGAGUAUUUUUUUUUUUCUUCGUCUCACUUUUCGUUUCUUUCCCUAUACUAUUUGAAAUUCUAUUAUCUUCUUGUGUAUUUUGAGACAAUAAGGCACCCGGGAGAAGGGGAAGAAGGAGAAACAAUAGGGAGGUGAGUUGCACCGGUAGCAUACCUUCUGACACAAACCUAGAGGGAGAGAUGUUUCUUUUAUCUUUUUCUCUCUCCCAUAGACAGUGUUUACUACUAUUGGAUUGUGCCGGAUAAUAGUUUUGGUAGGGAAUUUUCCCUCAUUUUUUGUUUACGGGCUGGUGUGUAGGAGGGAAGGAUGAUUGAUUGAAUCUGAAUCUGAAGUCUUUUUUUUUUUUGUUGUCAAGUCCAAGUCCCGUUUGUUUCAUUAUACAAGUUAAUGUGACUUUCAUUUUUGUUUGUUCGGUGGGAAGAAUCCCCUCAACCUAUACUUGUCCAUUUUUCCAUUUGCCAUGUUUCCACUAUAUCAGACUCCCCGCCCUCUCUAUCCUAUCACGAGCCUUUUCUUGCUUCCGUCCAUUGAAGCGUUAUGGUUGGAAUAUUCCUUCCUGUACUCGAGUAUUUGUGUCCCGGGUCAUGCGUGACAUGGUGAGGAUGGGCCAUGGAUCGGGUUCGGGUCGGUAUUGGGCAGCCGGACGGGGGUGGGG